UAUUACUUGAAACCGUCAUGCCUCAAGAUUCCCGACCCUCUCAUACCAAUUCUUCUUCUUCAAACGAGGAAAGAAAGGCAUACCAAACUGGGACUCAGUCUCGUAACCCUAUACACCUACGGCUUUACAAAGUUCUCGGUACCAAUUUCGAUGAUCAGGCAACACGAGAGGCAUUGCAGACUCUAUCUGAGCUCUAUGCCACGAACGGAUCUUCUACAGAGGGAGCGGCAGCGGGGGAAGAUGGCAGGUCGCGUGGAGAAUCAUCUCUGGGGAAGCCUUCGCCAGUCUAUGUCGAGUCAACGCCAGGGGAAACCGCUGCCAGAGCCAGGAAACACCUGAAGCGUGACAUGGAGAAACAGCUGGCUGAAGGAAGCCACCAAUUUCUUGAAGUGUUCAAGGAACUGGAUUCAAGAUUAGCUACCUUGCAGAAUCAUGUCGCUUUCAUGCACAAGUGUUGCGACGAAGCUGAAAAGCAACUACAGUCCACGAAUGAGGCCAGCAAAGCCUUACUUGAAAAGGCAGGGAGCCUCAGGGAAGAAAGGGAGUACAAACGAAGCAAUCAAUCAUCUCGUUGUUUCUAUCGCGGUUCACUCUUACAGAAGAAGAAAUCCAAGCGGUUACUUCUAGAGACGUCCCUGUCGGGAAGGAGUUCUUUGCGGCUAUGGACAAAACUGAACAAAUCAGAGAGGAUUGUCGGGUUCUCAUGACCGGGGAGGAUGGCCCCACGAAAGCUGGGUGGGAUCAUCUAUUCUCAAUUUACAUGCAAGUCUAACGAUUCUUAGUCUUGAUAUUAUUGCAUCAACUUCAUCUUACCUGGAGCAAGGCUACGAGAGGAUAUUCCGGUGGUGUUCAUACGAGUUUGUACAAGUUGGACGGGAUGCACAACUCGAAAUAAGCCCCACCAUGCGUGAAGCUGUCACUAGACUCCGAAAACGUCCCGAACUUCUGACUGAAGCGCUAUCAUCCCUUUCUCAAACCCGUCAAUCCGCGUUGCAAAGUCACUUCCUCACGGCCCUGACUAGAGGUGGUCCUUCUGGUCUUCCACGGCCCAUCGAGCUUCAUGCACACGAUCCGAUGCGCUACGUAGGUGAUAUGUUAGCUUGGGUUCACCAAUCGAUUGCAGCCGAGCGCGAAUUUCUCGAAAGUUUGUUCGGUGUCAAGAGUGACGGGAGGAUGGUUGGAAGCGCUCGAAUCUUUCGCGAGAAGAAUUCUGAAGAGGAGGAGUGGAUGAAAGAGUUGAUGGAUCUUGCCGUUAAACGUCUAUGUGUCCCACUACAGGGAAGAAUUCAGCAGACUAUCCGAUCCCAAGAAAGCAGUAUUGUCUUGUAUAAGAUCGCGAAUCUAUUACAGUUUUACGUGGUGACCAUGAAAAACACUAUUGGACCUGACGCUGUGUUGUGUAAGGUUUUGACAGAGACCACUGAUCUAGCAUACCAAACGUUUUUCGACUCCAUCGAGGCGCAAUGUAGGGCGCUUCUUCGAAUUGGACUAGACAAUGAAGACCCCUCCGUCACACCUCCAAUACCAAUACUUGACCAUACCCAAAUUCUGCGCGAAGUUAUGUCGGUGUACCAAUCCUCUUUGCUUGGCGACGAGGAUACGGAAGAACAAGUAGCCGGUUUCAAGAAGGCCUUGGACAUCAUGGUCGACCCGGCGAUUGAGAUGUGUAUCAAUGCAGCAGAGCAGAAGAAAGUAAUAAAACCCAGAUGGGACAUACAGGUGUUCGUACUCAACUGCCUGAGUUACCUGUUGAGUGUGAUCGAACCCUUCGAAUUCACAAAAGCCAAACAGGCUGUAGUACAAGAAGCUAUAGACUCACGAGUGGCGAUAUUGAUCGAAGAACAUUACCAUGAAAUCAUGAUGGAUGCAGGCCUCGAAGAAAUCGCCUUAACGUGUGAAAAACACGAUGACUCUGAACCACUCUCUCGAGUGUUUGCCACCCAACCUCAACAACUUCAAGCAGGAUUGCGGAGUUUCUCUCGUUGGUUAUCGAUGUCGGAUGUGGUGCAAUCACCUCGCCUCUCGUAUCUGACCGUACAGCGGUUGCAGACCAAGAUUCACCACGCUGCGUUAGCAAAAAUGGCUAAAACAUAUGAGAACAUUUGCGAGCAAGUCAGGAGAAAGGAGAACAAAUAUGAGGCUGCUUCUACGUUGCUUGGUAGUGAGAGGCCGUUUGGACAGGUAGGCCUCGUAUGGCAGAUAUUUGGAUUGCAAGAAGACGGAGAUGAAGAAACGCGGUGACAGGUCUGGCAGGUCUACAUGUUGUUAGUCGCGUAGUAGUCAGAUUGAUUGCGGGACCCUCGUCGGUGCCGCUCAGUGUGUCA